AUGGCAAUGAAGAAGAUAGCAAGUAGUGUGGUGGUGGCUUUGCUGAGCUCUCUGGUUGUAGUCUGCACGUCGGCCACCCCCUUGAAGAGGAGGAGAUCGCUGGGUAUAAUUGGGCAGCUGAACCACGAAGGGCCUUAUCUGGGUCUGCUUACAGUCUACCCACCUGAAGAGGAGGCCUUCUUUGCUACCGGAGCUUUUGAGCCUCAUCCAAGGCAUCCUUUCAUUGAUCUAUCAGGCAGGCGAUUUCGUAUAGGCAAGAUACACGGUAAGAGAGUUGUCUACGUGAGAUGUGGGAUCGGAAUGACAAGCUUGUCAAAUGGUUUCCCCGUGAUUGUCAUCAGAGGGCUAUCGGACUUAGCGGGAGGACAAACUGGACGGAAUACAGUUCAGCUAUUUGGGCCUCUGGCAGCUCUCAAUACUGCCAAAGUUGUCAUUGGGUUCAUCAAAUCCCUGCCAUGAAUGCGUCUGUGUAGCAUCUGUAUGAUAGAGAACUCCAGAACCCAGAUCAGUACUCAGAUAAGAGGACGUCUUAAUGUAGCUGCUUAUGAUCAUCCAGCUGAAAGAGAGAUUAUUGUUUAUAGGGACGUAUUAAGCAAAAUGACAGCACACAGGACACAAAUUUCCAUCUUUCUAUUGGUGUUUGAUGAAGUAUCCAACCAAAUCUCACUUGGAGGGAGUACUGUUUCUAUAUGCACAGACUAAUGUCUCUGAACUUAAAAACCUGAAACCUCUCAGAGUUGUGGAUUAUCUAUGACUAAUAAAACCAGUAAGCACAUUGGUGGGAGAGGACUGUUUCUAUCCUCUAUGGCGUCACUGCUACGAUAGAAUAGAUGCGGUGCGGUGGUGCUACUAUAGCUUCACAGGUUUGAGGCAUCUAUCUCAUCCCUACGUGGCUGAACAGGAUGUAGCAAUGAAAUCCCUAUUUCAUAUCUGAGUUGCUACUGAGCAGUGAGCACAUGUCAUCUCCUGAAAGUGAGACGUUGAAUCUUUCGUUUUUUAACUAAAAACAGGAGCUGCCCAUAACUCGGUGCAGUUCUUGUUACAAUAUAUAGUUAAACCUCCUGGUGGACAUUGAUUGAAUUAUAACAAAACCUCUCGAGGGAUUCAAAUUUUUGCAGAAUUCUGGGGAUGUGAGAAAGUGCAUCCAGAAAA